CCGGCGUGCAGUGCGAGGCUGCGAGCGAACUGGGGCGGUGGGGAUCCACCCGGAGGCGGGAGGCGCAGCCGCGGCCGGGGCGCGUCUGCGCUACUGACCUGGACGAGGUAGACCAUGACUGUCCCUUCGGUGGCGUUGCUCGCUGGCCCGCUUUUCCUGAGGUUUCCCUAAGCCACCCCCUGGUGGAACCGCUCGCAGAGCGAAUUAAGUUGGAAAGCCGAGGUUCCACUGUAUGUGCUUUCUUGAGGAUGAUUACAGUUUAUUUCAAAGAUAUGUUAACUUAGAUGCACAGGAACAAUGGACACAGCCUGCUUAUAGCAAAGAUUUUGUGUACAAGUGCUUUGGAAAAGAUGGCUGAUAUUAACCUCAAGGAAAUAACCUUAAUAGUAGGUGUGGUUACUGCCUGCUAUUGGAACAGCCUCUUUUGUGGUUUUGUUUUUGAUGAUGUGUCAGCAAUACUGGAUAAUAAAGACCUACAUCCAUCUACACCUUUAAAAACUUUAUUUCAGAAUGACUUCUGGGGAACCCCUAUGUCUGAGGAGAGAAGUCACAAGUCUUACCGUCCCUUAACAGUAUUGACAUUUCGCCUAAAUUAUCUGUUUAGUGAACUGAAACCAAUGUCAUAUCAUCUCCUAAAUAUGAUUUUACAUGCUGUGGUCACUAUAAUAUUUCUUAAAGUCUGCAAACUUUUUCUGGACAGCAGAAGUAGUGUGAUUGCUUCUUUACUCUUUGCAGUACACCCAAUACACACAGAAGCAGUAACGGGUGUUGUAGGAAGAGCAGAACUUUUGUCAUCUAUCUUUUUUCUAGCUGCAUUUUUGUCUUAUACCAAAUCUAAAGGACCGAAUAAUUCCAUAGUAUGGACUCCAAUUGCAUUGACAGUGUUUUUAGUGGCUGUUGCAACAUUGUGUAAAGAACAAGGAAUAACAGUUGUGGGAAUUUGCUGUGUGUAUGAAGUAUUUAUUGCUCAGGGGUAUACUUUACCAUUAUUAUGUACUACUGCUGGACAGUUUCUCCGUGGCAAGAGUAGUAUUCCAUUUUCUAUGCUGCAGACAUUAGUAAAACUCAUUGUUUUGAUGUUCAGUACAUUAUUACUGGUUGUGAUUAGAGUCCAGAUUAUUCAGUCUCAACUUCCAGUGUUCACCAGGUUUGAUAACCCAGCUGCUGUAAGCCCAACUCCUACGAGGCAGCUAACUUUCAACUACCUCCUUCCUGUCAAUGCUUGGCUUCUAUUAAAUCCUUCAGAGCUCUGCUGUGACUGGACCAUGGGAACAAUACCACUUAUAGAGUCAUUUCUAGAUAUUCGAAAUGUUGCCACAUUUACUUUCUUUUGUCUUUUGGGAGCUUUGGGAGUAUUCAGUCUCAGAUAUCCCAGUGAUUCCUCCAAAACUGUUUUAAUGGCGCUUUGUUUAAUGGCAUUACCAUUUAUUCCUGCAUCGAACCUUUUUUUUCCAGUUGGAUUUGUUGUUGCUGAACGAGUAUUAUAUGUUCCUAGCAUGGGAUUCUGUAUUUUGGUAGCCCAUGGAUGGCACAAAAUAUCAAACAAAAGUGUAUUUAAAAAGUUAUCCUGGGUUUGUCUGUCUUUGGUGGUAUUCACUCAUGCCUUAAAAACAAUCCACAGAAAUUGGGAUUGGGAGUCUGAAUAUACGUUGUUUAUGUCAGCCUUGAAGGUAAAUAAAAAUAAUGCCAAAUUAUGGAAUAAUGUGGGUCAUGCUCUGGAAAAUGAAAAGAACUUUGAGAGAGCUUUGAAAUACUUUCUACAGGCUACCCAUGUUCAGCCAGAUGAUAUUGGUGCCCACAUGAAUGUAGGAAGAACUUAUAAAAAUUUAAAUAGAACCAAAGAAGCUGAAGAAUCUUAUAUGACGGCCAAGUCACUGAUGCCUCAAAUUAUUCCUGGUAAAAAAUAUGCAGCCAGAAUUGCCCCUAACCACCUAAAUGUUUAUAUUAAUCUGGCCAACCUAAUCCGAGCAGAUGAGUCCCGUCUAGAAGAAGCUGAUCAGCUGUAUCGACAAGCGAUAAGCAUGAGGCCCGACUUCAAACAGGCUUACAUUAGCAGAGGAGAAUUGCUUUUAAAAAUGAAUAAACCUUUCAAAGCAAAAGAAGCAUAUCUUAAAGCACUAGAGUUGGACAGAAAUAAUGCAGAUCUUUGGUACAACUUGGCGAUUGUUCAAAUUGAGCUUAAAGAACCAAAUGAAGCUCUUAAAAACUUUAAUCGUGCUUUAGAACUAAAUCCAAAACAUAAGCUAGCAUUAUUCAAUUCUGGUAUAUUAAUGCAAGAAUCAGGUGAGGUUAAGCUCAGACCUGAAGCUAGAAAACGACUUUUAAGUUAUAUAAAUGAAGAGCCACAAGAUGCUAAUGGUUAUUUCAAUCUGGGAAUGCUUGCCAUGGAUGACAAAAAGGACUCUGAAGCAGAGAUGUGGAUGAAGAAAGCCAUAAAAUUACAACCUGACUUCAGAAGUGCUUUGUUUAAUCUGGCUCUGCUGUAUUCUCAGACUGCAAAGGAAUUACUGGCUUUGCCAGUUUUAGAAGAGUUACUCAAAUACUAUCCUGAUCAUAUCAAGGGUCUCAUUUUAAAGGGAGACAUUCUGAUGAAUCAAAAGAAAGAUAUACUUGGAGCAAAAAAAUGUUUCGAAAAGAUUUUGGAGAUGGAUCCAAGGAAUGUGCAAGGAAAGCACAAUCUUUGUGUUGUUUAUUUUGAAGAGAAAGACUUGUUAAAAGCUGAAAGAUGCCUACUUGAAACAUUGGCAUUAGCACCACAUGAAGAAUAUAUACAGCGCCAUUUGAAUAUAGUAAGGGAUAAAAUUUCCGCAUCUAGUUUAAUAGAACAACCAAUAUUCCCAGUUAGUAAGACUUCAGGAAACAAAAUUCCAACUGAAAAUGCAAGAGAAAUAAGAAGUGAACCCCGACCCACACAGGUAAUCAAAACAAGUGAUAAUAAAAGUUCAUCUAAAACCAACAAGCAGUUAGGAAAAGAUACAGACAGUGAGACCCCUCACAAAACAACAAAAGAAAUAAAAGAAAUAGAGAAGAAAAGAGUUGCUGCUUUAAAAAGAUUAGAAGAGAUUGAACGUAUUUUGAAUGGUGAAUAGCAUUACUCUAUUAUGUGACAGUGGUUUCAAAGAACUUCAGACUAUAUCAAUUGAUUGCUUAUGGCAACUUUGAAAAAUAGCAAGGAUUCAUAACAGUAUCAUGAGCUGCCUCUAUGUAGAAUCAAAAUAAGAUUUUUAUUAAACACCUACCUUACACCAGAUUACGUAUUCUAAGAUACCACAUAGUUUUCUGAGUUUUGGUGAAUAUAGCUGAAAUAUUAAAUUACAGGUGGCUAAUUUGUACCUUUUAUUAUAGAAGGAAGAUUCUUCCAGCAGAAUAAUCAUGACUACUAUCAAUUAAAAAUAGUCUGAGGCCUGAAUGAUAAUCCUUUGGGGGCAAAUCCAACAUUUGCUAUUUCAUUCUGUGAAUUCCCAUUUAUUACUGAAUUUAUUUUUCCUUCACCUGUUGAAAUUUGUCUAUGAAUUGAAAACACUUAUUGAACACUUAUUUUUCCUUUAGUGACUUUCUGUUUAACCAAGGGACUUUGCCUAUAAAAGAAUACUGGCUUUAUGUGUAUUCUUUUGUUGAUUUUUAGAAGGAAUGCUAGAUGAAACAUUUUAAAAUAGGUCAUGACAUGUGAGAUUAAGAAUGUAUUUUUAUAAUUGUGUGCUGUCCUUCACUCUAAAAUGCAAAUUUCAAUCAGGUAAAGUUUUAAAUAUAUGUAUGUACAUACAAUACAUUUCUAAUGGUGCUCAUAUAUACUGUAUUUUUAUUUUCUUAACAUACUGAGAAUUUCACAGCAUGAACCACAUAAUCAUGAUUAUCUUUGACUUAUAUUCCCCAAACUAUUCAUAUUUCUUAGGGUCAUAGUCAUACUAAGAAGUCUCAAAAACUAUAACUUUAUUUAAACUUUUGAUUUAAAACAUGGUAAGUUUCUCUUUCAUCUUAAGAUGUAUUAUCUCUCUAGUGUUAUUUAAAUUUUGUUUCUAAAAACUCAAUUAUUCUUAGAUUUCUUAAGCAACUAAAUUGAGUUCUGUUUAACUGAAGGCAAACAAUGUGAUGUUUAUUUUUAAACACUAAGUUCUUAAUAUCGUGUUAUGGUGUAUAUUUUUAUUAAAUAUUUAUUUUGACUACUGAGCUUUCAUAAAAUUUUUAAAGCUGUUUUAAUUCUAUUAAGUAUGGAAAACAAAUUGCUAUUGCAUUUUCCUAUGUGUGCGUGUAUUACACUUUAACCAAAAUUUCAUCAUUUUGGCCGCCUGUCCAGCUCUAAAAGAUAAUUAGCCAAUAAUUGAAUUAAUAAAUUGAUCAUUUGGUUUUAGCAUAUUUGAACCUGAAAACUGUUAAAAGAUUAAAUACAAAGCAAAUUUAUUAAUUUAAAUCUAAUAUUUUUCUUGACUUAAAUGCAUUUCAAAUGAAUUUCGUAAUACUUAAUAAAGUUGGUGUUGACUUAAAAUGUUAAUGCUAACAUCCUGGGAUAGUAGCAAAUUCUAAUUAUGAAGUAUUUGAAAAACUAUAUAUUGUUUUUGUCUUCCUUUUUUUGAGAUAACAUUUCUAAUUGCAUAUUGUUUCAAAAACCAUAUCCCUGUAACUUUUUAAAAGAAAUGUUUUAUAAAUAGGUCACAAGAAAUAUGGUUUGUAUUAAGGACACACUUGUACUAGCUUCCCUGAGGCUCUCUCCUGGAUUACUUUUUAGGCAAUGUAAAGCAAGCACUGACACUAAUGGUAGUUCAUUCUUGAUGCAGGAGAUUCUGUUAUUCAUUAAAUACCUAAUUUCAGUUCUUAAA